AGCAAUUAUAUUACAUGGUGCUAGUACUGUAGGCCCGGACGCGACGCGUCGUACAUGACUAAUCAAUCACUACUUGAUCGCACUUGAUUCCGACACGAUGAGUUCCACUGUGGUUUCUUGUCCUGGCAAAGUCCUGAUCGCAGGCGGCUAUCUUGUCCUCGAUCGCGCCUAUGCCGGGGUGGUCGUCUCUACGUCGUCGCGAUUCUACACCGUCAUCGAGAAUGCAAGCAGUGAUCGUCCUCUCAUAACUGUCCGAUCCCCUCAAUUCCUGAACGCGACGUGGAUAUACACCGUGUCACUGGAGCCUUCCGUUUCUGUGCAACCGGCCGAGCAAAACGAGAGCAAGAACAAGUUCGUGCAUCUUGCGCUGCAGAAUAUCUUGGCCAUCGCAUCCGAGCUGAAGGGAAUCGAUCAUGUGAAGCGGGCUAUAUCAUCCGGGAUCGACAUUUCAAUAGUGGGGGACAAUGAUUUCUACUCGCAAAGAGCCCAGCUAGCCUCCCGCGGCCUCCCUCGGACACUCUCCUCGCUCGCCAAGAUCCCGCCCUUCGUGCCGACGGGUGUGGCCCUCUCCGAUGUACACAAAACCGGGCUCGGCUCGUCCGCUGCCCUGAUCACCUCGCUCGUGUCCUCGCUGCUGGUACACCUCUCCGUCAUCUCCCCGGCGGAUCUGGAUGACACCGACACCCUCAGCCAGGGCCGGGGCAGGCGGCUCGCGCACAAUCUCGCGCAAUACAUCCACUGCCUGGCCCAGGGCAAGGUGGGCAGCGGGUUCGACGUGUCCGCCGCGGUCUUUGGGAGCCACAUCUACACCCGCUUCGACCCCGUGGUGCUCCAGACAGCGAUGUCCGACGGUUAUUCCGGCUCGUUACUACCGGUUGUGUCCCCCACCAACGAGGCUUGGAACUACGAGAUUGGGCAGUUCCAGCUUCCCCCUCUUACCCGGAUGAUGCUUGCAGAUGUCGAUGCUGGGAGUGACACCCCAUCCCUGGUGGGCAAAGUGUUGAAGUGGAGGAAGGAGGACAGCGCCACUUCUCACACCCUCUGGACUGCCCUCGAUAUCCUCAACCAAUCUCUGGCGCGGACCCUUCUCAAGCUCAGAGAUCAAUAUGCCGAGAACAAAAGUGCAUACACGCACACUCUGGCAUUGCUCGCCAGUUCUCCCUCGUCUCAGUGGGGCACUCUCGUAGGUUCGGAUGGGCCGAUUGUCUCUACAUUCCAGGAGGUGCACAGGAUAUCCGAGGUGCGGAUCAUCUAUUGGCUGCCAGUGAGGAUGCUGGUCCCAACUCUCUCUCUCUGACAGGGCAUUCGGGAAAAGAUGAGAGAAAUGGGGACGCUCGCGGGGGUUCCGAUCGAGCCCAUCGAGCAGACCAGACUCCUCGAUCUGUGCAUCUCGCAGCCUGGAGUUAUCGCAGGUGGUGUUCCCGGAGGUCCGUGUGUUUUCUGGAAUCCAUUUCGAAGGAAAGCGACACUGACCGAUCUCAGCGGGUGGCUACGACGCUCUGU